UCCCAGGCCUCCCGCCCGCCAUGCAGAAGGUGAUGUUCAAGGGGCUUCUGCCGGAGGAGAAGACCUUGCGGGAAAUCAAAGUGACGAACGGAGCGAAGAUCAUGGUCGUCGGCUCCACCAUCAACGACGUUCUCGCGGUAAAUACACCCAAAGAAGCUGCUCAACAGGAGGUCAAAGCCGAAGAGAAUAAGAAGGAGCCGCUCUGCAGACAAAAGCAACACAGAAAAGUAUUGGAUAAAGGAAAACCUGAUGAUGUGAUGCCUUCUGUUAAAGGUGUUCAGGAACGCCUGCCAACAGUGCCCUUGUCUGGCAUGUACAACAAGUCAGGGGGAAAAGUAAGAUUGACCUUUAAACUUGAGCAAGACCAGCUCUGGAUUGGUACAAAAGAGAGAACGGAAAAGUUACCCAUGGGGUCCAUUAAAAAUGUGGUGAGUGAACCUAUUGAAGGACACGAGGAUUAUCACAUGAUGGCGUUUCAGCUGGGCCCAACAGAAGCGUCUUACUACUGGGUCUAUUGGGUACCAACUCAAUAUGUUGAUGCAAUCAAAGACACGGUGCUGGGCAAGUGGCAGUAUUUUUGAAAGCACGCUCACCUCUGGCACAGGAAAAUGACACAAAGCUAAGGACACUGCUGGGAGAGGCCUCCAACAUCCCUGGAUGUGAUAGUCCUGGAACUUAUUAAUAAAAUGUGCUAAAUGAGGCAUUGAUGGAAGCCAGAGGUGAUGUUCUUUCACCAUUAGUUUACUUUUAACUUAAAAAUUUCACCAUCCCUUUUCUGCAGCCAGCUUCAACCAUAUUUAAAGCAAAUACGGUGGAAAUCAAUAAAUCUUAAUUCACAAAGUAUUGUGUGUAAUACACUUAAAUCUGCUGAGAGUUGAUCUUCCAAUUAAGUUUUAAGAAAGAAAAUAUUACAAUGUAUUAUCGAGGAUUUUUUACGUGGUUUGAACAAAAACAAGUAUUUUCAUAAUCUUUCAGUUACAAGCGUUAGGCUCAACUUAGUUACUUGGUUGUGACUGAGAAUUUCAGAACCAGUUUUUUAAAAAUAAACUUUAAACAGUAUGCAAAA